AUGUCAAGCAUAUCGAGCACAUGGUUUGGUUAUUGGAGUAGGAAUCAAGUCACCAACGACGAUGCAGGUCCGGAUGCGAAUGCGGAUGCGAAUGGGCCCAGUCAAACAGACUUGAACGCUGCCGAAGGGCCAGAGCAAAAGCCUGCCAGUGCCCCGGCGGCUGACGGUGAGGCGCUGAACUUGCCAGCCAAGAGAAAAGUAUCGAAUAGCUCUGCAGAGUUGCCACUGGCCGGUUUAAAGAGAAAAUUGUCUUCUGUGUCCUUGUCGUCCAAGAGAUCGGCAAAUUGGCUGCUAUGGAGGAAAGAUGUUGCGACGCAGCAGCUCCAGGACGAUAAACAGAACGAGAUUGUAGAAGACGAAGAACGAGAAGAUCACAAUGACGAAGAUGUCGAUAAUGGAGAUGAUAUUACUGCUGAUGAUAACGGGGACGAAGUUGACGACCAUGUCACGAACAACCCCUCCAAUAAUAAUGGCACUAGCAGUAGUAACCUUGCGUUUGGCAACAACGGCAGAAAGGGCCUUAGUUGGCUCUGGACAGGCACAAGCAACAAUGUCACCAGCCCCGAGGUUCUGGCCAAGUCAACUUCCGGCGAAGGUGAGCAACUGGGCACAAAAGAUAAGGAUAAAGAAAAAGAUAGAGAUAGAGAAAAAGAUAGAGAAAAAGAAAGAGAAAGAGACGAAACCAGGCUAGAAGAUGUAAAGAAAGACGAAACCAAACGGGAGAAAAUAGUCAGUGCUGCAAACACGAUUGUCAACUCUACACCCUCGCUACUACCUGCAAAGCAGGAUCUUCUUUUAAAUGGAACAAAGAAAAACUCCCAAGAGUCGCAGGCUGACGAUGCUGUGCUUUACAAGCCUCACGACAAGACUGCCCAGUUCAACAAAAUCAACACCCACAAGAAUGAGGACCUCAAGGAGAAUACCAUAGUGCCCGCAUGGAGCACGUGCCUACCCCAGGCACACCAGGGCCAUUUCUUCCACUCUUCUUCAACCUCGAACCAGAAUAAUGCCAACCAGACCAUCAAGACAGACUUGACCAACUGGAAGCAGUUUUUGAACCAGAUAUCAAACAAGUUUGGAUUCCAUACGGGUCCUCUCUCGGACGCAGAUAGCAAUUUGCUGAACAAGAGCGAUAAAGUUGAAAAAGAGUUUGGCUUGUUGUAUGAACGCUCGUAUAAGCUCUAUGGGAAAUCGUUGGCUCUCCUACCGGAGGAAAAGAGAGCUUGUUUGCCAAAUUACAACAAGUACUACACCAGCAUCGAGGAGGACCCGCACCACCUUCAUCACCACCACGCCUCGAUGCCAACUCAAUUUGAAGAAGACCAAUCCGAUCCCAACUCGAUAUCAAUAACAAACGACGCCAUGGGGAACCUCUUGAUCAACAGCAAUAAAGGAAACAAGCGGAAAGCAUUGCACCAGGCGCUUAAUGCAGAAAUUGUCAACCGCAAGUCCCUUGAACCGUUGAAAAAGAUCAAGAAUAUCUUGAUCAUUGGUGUCCACGGGUUUUUCCCAACCAAGAUGAUUCGUCCGCUCAUUGGAGCACCCAAGGGCACGUCUUUGAAAUUUGCUAAUGAAGCUGAAAAAGCGGUGAUUCGAUAUUGCAUUGAAAACAACUUGAUCACAGAAGACGAGUCAAAUAUCAGUAUUCAGAAAAUCGCCUUGGAAAAAGAAGGCAAGAUCUUUGACAGGGUUCAUUUCUUUACCGAGAUCCUCCAAAAAUGGGAAAAGGAAUUGAAUAAUGCCGAUUUCAUCUUUAUAGCUUCUCAUUCUCAGGGUUGUGUUGUUUCCAUAAUACUAUUGGCCAGGUUAAUAAGAAUGGGUAUACUCAAGGACCCGAUUCAUAAACGUAUUGGCUUAUUAGGAAUGGCGGGCAUCAACAACGGGCCGUUUUAUGGAGCUGACAAGUCAUUUUUCAUGAAGGCAUAUUCUGCAAUCGAGCAUGAUUCAAUGAAUGAGUUGUUUGAGUUGACCAAGUUUGAUAGUCCUCAAUCGUUGGUUUAUAAAGAAUCGAUACAGACAGUCAUCAAUGUCAAUGUCAAGAUUUGCUUUAUUGGCUCGAUAAAUGACCAGUUGGUUCCAUUGUAUUCGGCGUUGGCAUCACAUGUGUUCCACCCCAACAUUUACCGCGCAUGCUAUCUUGACUAUAUGUCAAUGACGCCUAAAUUUAUCGAAAAAUUGGUUGCCAUGUGCACCCAGUUGUUGAAUUUGGGCUUUUUCGAUAACAACGUGGUUAAGGAAUUGAGUACUUCCUUGGCUGGACCAUUAACUGGAGGCGGACAUUCCAAGAUCUACAAUGAUGGCAAAGUUUACGAUCUUGGCAUCAAGUUUGCGCUUGACACGGACGACUUGGUCAUACCCCACGAAGGGAAAAUCGAUUACGACGACUUUGAAAAUAGCGAGUUGCCAGUGUCGAAUCAAGUCUAUAUCAAGGAGUACAACGUGGGCAAGAUCGGCACCAAUCCAUUUAUAUUGCCCUGGUGUUUGAGAGGCCUACUAUUCAACGUGGAAAAGAACUGGCCCGAUCGACACGAUGGCGAAAGCAACGGGGCAUUGGCAAGAAAAGGCGUUAAUGGCAAUAGUGGAUUCGUUGAAGUUCACGAUCUAUAUGAGAUUUUCGAACAUUGGAAGCCCGACACAAAGAUUUACAAAGAUUUGAAAUUCAGAUUGAACGGGUUUCGAGCUAGUAAAUUAUGA